AGGCGCAAGGUCGCCACAAGCUCAACUGCCCAGCUUUUUUAGCCAAGCUAGGCACAGCAAGUGACAACCAUGGCGGCUUCGCUGGUAAGAGCGGUGGCGGCGGCGGCAAUGGUGGUGGUGGUGGUGGUGAGUACUCCGGCGACUGCCGCCGUAGCAGCCAAGUACCCGCCGCUGGCCCCGGGCCUGUCGUUCGACUUCUACAAGAGCAGCUGCCCCAAGGCCGAGUCCAUCGUCAAGGACUUCCUCAAGUCGGCCAUCCAGCAGAACGUCGGCCUCGCCGCCGCGCUCAUCCGCCUCCACUUCCACGACUGCUUCGUCCAAGGCUGCGACGGCUCCAUCCUGUUGGACUCGACGCCCACCGAGCAGAGCGAGCAGGUUUACAUCCCCAACCAGACGCUCCGCCCCGCGGCGUUCAAGGCCAUCAACGACAUCCGCGACCGCCUCGACAAGGCCUGCGGCCGCGUCGUCUCCUGCGCCGACAUCGUCGCCCUCUCCGCCCGCGACUCCGUCCAGCUGGCUGGCGGGCCGGAGUACAUGGCCCCCCUGGGCAGGCGUGACAGCCUGAGUCCGGCGUCGCAGCAGGCCGUCUUCGCCGGGCUCCCGCCGCCGACCUCCAACGUCACGGACCUCCUCGCGGUCCUGUCCAAGAUCAACCUCGAUGCCACCGACCUCGUGGCGCUCUCGGGCGGGCACACCGUCGGCAUCGCGCACUGCCCGUCUUUCCAGAACCGCCUCUUCCCGACGCAGGACCCCACCCUGAACCAGUGGUUCGCCGGCCGCCUGAAGCUCACCUGCCCCGUCCAGGGCGCCAACAACACCACCGUGAACGACAUCCGCACGCCCAACACCUUCGACAACAAGUACUACGUGGACCUGCUCAACCGGGAGGGGCUCUUCACCUCCGACCAGGACCUCUUCACCAACCGCACCACCAGGCCCAUCGUCACCAAGUUCGCCCUGGACCAGAACGCCUUCUUCGAGCAGUUCGUCUUCUCCUACGUGAAGAUGGGGCAGAUCCAGGUGCUGACGGGCUCGCAGGGGCAGAUCCGCUCCAACUGCUCGGCGCGCAACCCCGACGCCGGCCUACCGUGGUCCGUCGUGGAGACCGUCGUCGAAGCCGCCGGGAGCCUCGUGCUCUAGAUCGAUAGACUUCUACUAGCUAGAAGAACAUGGCACACGGUGGAUCGAGCUAGUGUUUGCUAGGCUUGAGAUACUUCGUGUUCGCGAGCGAGCUUUGAGCCUUUGAGCACGUUGAUCUUUUGUUGGCCAUACAUGUCAAGCCGGCGAUCGAAUCAGUGGCAAUGGAGCUGCGUGUAACUCUUUUUUCUUCCUGACGACUUCAUACAUCAA